AUGGAUAAAGAUCAAUCAGAGAUGCAAAAUAUAGGUUUCUUCGGCGUUUUUAAAGAAACUUUCAAGGCCAUCUUCUCAUGGAAGAAAAUCUUCGCUCAAAUCACCGUAACUUUCAUCCUACCACUUUCCUUCGUCUUCUUUGCUCACAUCAUCUUUGGUGACAUACUCAAAUGGGGUAUGGCGGAGGAAGAAUUUAUUGAAGAUCCCUACUAUCAUCAUAAGGAUGAAUGGUCUCGAUGGGUCGGAUAUUGGGUUUUUAAAAUUUUAUAUAUGACCUUCUUUUUUCUAUUUUAUCUUCUUUCCACCGCUGCCAUCGUAUACACUAUAGCCAAUGUGUACACAGGCAGCGAUGUGACAUUCAAGAAAGUCGUGAAAAUCGUGCCUAAAGUUUGGAAGAGACUUGCUUUUACUUUUGUGUGGAGUUACGUAUGUUUCUUUAUCUACAAUGCAGUGUGUGGGAUAGCGCUUUUCUUCUGGGCAAGUAUUAUGUCAGAGACGACGUUUGACAUAAUUGUAUUUUGGGUCAUGUUUCUUCUCUAUGGCAUUGGAUUUGUCUAUAUAACAGCGGUUUGGCAAUUGGCUAGCGUUGUUUCGGUUUUAGAAAGCUCAUAUGGAUGGGGAGCAAUGAAGAAAGGAAAUGCCCUCAUUAGAGGGAAAAGGUGGUUAUCAUGGUUCGUAUUCUUUGCGUUAUACUUCAUUUUCGUGGUCAUAUUGAUCGUGUUCUACAUAUGUCUUUGGAACUAUACAAAUUACAGCUUGAUCAUUGCAAUCGUGUGUCUCUUCCUACUCACGAUCUUGUUCCUAGUCGCGUAUGUGGCUCAGACUAUGCUUUAUCUUGUGUGCAAAUCUCAUCAUGGUGAAUCGAUUGAUAAAGUGGGUUUGUCAACUCAACUUGAAGGUUAUCUCGAUCAAACCGAGCCCGUUUCCUACGAAAACAGGGAUAUUGAACUAGGACGCACUUAA